GUCUCUUAUCUUAUCUUGCUAUAUUUUUUAUACCAUGAUUUUAGAAGGAAACCUCGGUGACGAUGACACAUCUGAUCUUCGAAUGGUCCUAUAAGCUAGCCGGUUGGAGAAGUGAGUUAUAGAAAGUAAUAAAAACGAUCGAAAGUCGACAGUAUCCGUUACAUUAAUGUGGCAAAAAGAAGACUGUGCAUUUAAAGUAUGAAUCUUGUCGAGAAUUCAGAUAGACAGUUUGUCGUAGAUAAUCAACUAAAAGAUUUCAUCGAGACCGAAAAUAAGAAGCAACAAUUUCAGGCAUUGGUACAUGAAUUAACCGACAUCUGUUGGGAGACUUGUAUGGAUAGGCCAUCAGCACGUUUGGAGGCCAAAGUCCAGAAGUGCCUUGUAAAUUGUGUGGAAAGAUUCAUUGAUACCACUAACUUUGUAACAAAUAGGUUAAAACAUAUCGCUACAAGCUCACAACCUGAACUAGAUAGUUUGGAAUGAUUGCAUCAUUCUAAGGAUCAUCUUUAUCCCCUAUAAGUAGUGGUAGAAAGUUUCUGUAACAUAUUCCAAUGUGAAUUAAAUCAGCAUCAAGUGUUCAUCAUGCUGUCGAG